UCACAUUGAUCGUGUUUCCUGACGGAGCUAUUUGCAGACGGAACCGGAAGAAGAGCGGCGAAUCACAACUUCCACAUGUGUGUGGGAGAGAAUCAACAUAAGUGCUUAUAGUCUUAUGGUAUUUCAAUAUAAAGUUGACAUUAAUAACGUUAAUAUCACCAAAUAAGAGUCGAACGGCUGCGUCGACAAGAUGGCGGAGAUCGUUCAACAUCGGAUUGAGGAGAGAAUCCCUGAGUUGGAGCAGCUGGAGAGAGUGGGUCUGUUCACCAAGAAAGAAGUCAAAUCCAUAAUCAAGAGAGCAACUGCCCUGGAAUACAAGCUCCACAGGUUGAUUGUAAACAAAGAGGACUUCAUUGCAUAUAUUCAGUAUGAAAUCAAUGUUUUAGAACUGAUCAAGAAGAGAAGAGCGCACAUUCAUUACCAGUUCAAAAGAGAGGAAAUUGAGUUCCCCGUCAUCCAUAGAAUAAAUAGUGUCUUCAGAAGAGCAACAAAUAAGUGGAAGGAUGAUGUGCAGCUGUGGCUCUCACAUGUUGCUUUCUGUAAGAAAUGGGCCACCAAGGGCCAGAUCAGCAAAGUCUUCUCAGCCAUGCUUGCUAUACACCCCGACAAACCAGCCCUGUGGAUAAUGGCAGCCAAGAAUGAGUUGGAGGAUAGAAAUUCCUCUGAAAGUGCCAGACACCUGUUUCUGAGGGCUCUGCGCUUCCAUCCUGACAACAAGAAAGUCUACCAGGAGUACUUCCGUAUGGAGCUGCUGCAUUGUGAGAAACUGAGGAAGCAGAAGAAAGAGCUGGAAAAAGCUGAGAUGGACCUGGGUGAAUAUGAGUUUUCACCAGAAAUCCUGAGUGGCAAACUGGCUGAGGUUGUAUACAGAGAUGCUACAGGGAAAAUCAAAGAAGCAGAGUUCGUCAUCUCACUUCUGAACAUAGCAGCUAUCUUUGACUUCACCAAAGAACUCCAGGACUUCAUCCUGCAAGACUUACAGGCUAACUACACAGAAGACAGCUUGACGUGGGAUUUCAUGGCUAAGAGGGAGCUGGAGGCUCCGGGGGCAGGGGAGGAGCUGCAGACAGCCAAAGGCCGGGCCUCCGAUAUCAACCGCAGAGAGGAGCGCUGCUGCCAGGUCUACGAGGAGGCUGUCAAGAGCCUUAGCACCGAGCCCAUGUGGACUUGCUAUGUGGCCUUCUGCUUGGAAAGGCUGAAGAGGAAGACCAACGUCCAAGAACUGAAGGAAAAGAGGCAGGAGAGGCAGCUGGGAGUGCUGCAGCGCGCCCACGAUUCCUCGCUGCUGAAGGAGGAAUAUUAUAAGAACUGGUUGCAGAUCCUGCUCUCAUCUGGUGAUGCUGAGGGAGCGGCCAGCGUUGCCAUGGCAGCCACGCAGCGCUACAGCCAAUCGGUGUCAGUGUGGAGCCUGAGUCUGCGAACGCUAAUGCAGCUGGGGAGUGGAGACGUGGGCAGGCUAUUCCAGGAGGCUCUCACACACGUCAAUCCCAAGGAGAGUCUACCUCUUUGGCAGCUGCAGGUCCAGUGGAGCAUGGCCAACCAGAGUCCUGAGGAGACAGAAGCCGUGUUCAAGAGAGGUCUGCUGUCUGCAGUAGCGGUUGUUGCCAUGGAGAUGAAAGAGCGCUACCUUGAUUGGUCGUACUCCACCGGAGGCUACAAGAAAUCUAGGAAGACCUUUAAAAGCUUACAAGAAAACCGUCCUUUGUCCAAGGCCUUUUUCACCCGAAUGAUUGAGAUCGAGAAGGAACAAGAGACUCCAAAGAUGAACAAUCUCAGAGACUACUAUGAGAGGGCACUGCAGGAGUUUGGUACCUCAGAUGACGAUCUGUGGCUGAAUUACAUCCAGGAGGAGCUGGGAGCCUUUGGACAGCCAGAGAACUGUGGCAAGAUCCACUGGAGAGCCAUGAAGUUUCUGGAGGGAGAUAGUGUGGAGAGGUUCACUUCCAAGUAUAUUCUGGUUCAGACGGGACACUUAUGAGUCGCCGUGAAAGGUCCAAGUAGCGUUCAGAUAACAGCCAGUGUUCAACAACUGUGUAGAAGUUUACCAGCUGAAGAAGCAGUAUGUUUCGGAGCAGGUGUUCCUCUUGGCCCUGUAGAAGAUUGGUGCUGUGCCCAUCCAUGAAUUGUUUAAUUACCUUAACUGGAAAGCCAGUAUUGCAGUUUUCUGUCCAUUUGGAAAAGGCCUGCCGAUCCUUCUUCAAAGGUUUCAGCAGUGUUGCGGGAAAUGUUUUUGAUUGAGCUGCCUCUGAUGUUUGCAGCUUUAAGCGGUCGUAUUUUACAGCUGUAAUUUACAACUUUCCAUUUACAUUUACAGCAGUCUGUGCUACAUUUGAUACCAGACGUUGGUAACAUGUAGUAUUGUAAGGAUGUCCAGUUUUAUUAAAUUCCACAUUUAUUUUGCAUUUUGAGAAGACAAACUUUGAUGCUGUUAUAAUAAAACAUUGAAAUGUUUUUCA